CUUCUCUCCUGGAAGCCUGUCCGCGACGGUAGAGGAAGCCUCCCCGCAGCUAGCUCUGAAGGAGUCACCACUGCUUUUGUGCAAGCAGAUGUCAGCCUGGGAAGCCUGGCCAGAGCCAGAUCAAGUUGCUGCUGCCAGCUCUCGCGAGCUUUGUCAGGAAGAGUUGACUGAAAUGUCAGAGUCCAGCAAUUCACAGGCGGGGCGGCAGCUGCACCCCGCGUCUCCUCUGCAGCAUUACAAGAUUGCCACUUUGCAAACUUCCUCAUCCUUUUCUGCAGCGAUCCCGAAAUCAACAUGCAGACUCAGCAUAUGAAGGUCACACAGACCCACUUCCUCCUAUGGAUUCUUCUGCUCUGCAUGCCUUUUGGGAAGUCACACACUGAUGAAGACUUCAUAAUUACAACCAAGACUGGAAGGGUCCGAGGGCUGAGCAUGCCCGUUCUCGGUGGCACAGUGACUGCCUUUCUCGGUAUCCCCUAUGCACAGCCUCCCCUGGGUAGCCUAAGAUUCAAAAAGCCGCAACCCUUAAACAAAUGGCCUGACAUUCAUAAUGCCACUCAAUAUGCAAAUUCUUGUUAUCAGAACAUAGAUCAAGCCUUCCCAGGCUUCCAGGGGUCAGAAAUGUGGAAUCCAAACACGAACCUCAGUGAAGACUGCUUGUAUCUGAAUGUUUGGAUUCCAGUGCCUAAGCCCAAAAAUGCCACUGUCAUGGUGUGGAUCUAUGGUGGUGGCUUUCAAACUGGGACCUCCUCUCUACCUGUUUACGAUGGGAAGUUUCUAGCUCGUGUUGAACGAGUUAUUGUAGUUUCGAUGAACUAUAGGGUAGGUGCUCUAGGAUUCCUAGCUUUCCCAGGAAAUCCUGAUGCUCCUGGAAACAUGGGUUUAUUUGAUCAACAGUUGGCACUUCAGUGGGUCCAAAGAAAUGUUGCUGCUUUUGGGGGGAAUCCUAAAAGUAUAACGAUUUUUGGAGAAAGUGCAGGGGCAGCUUCAGUUAGCUUACAUUUGCUCUGUCCCCAAAGUUAUCCUUUGUUUACCAGAGCCAUUCUGGAAAGUGGCUCCUCUAAUGCCCCCUGGGCAGUAAAGCAUCCUGAGGAAGCCAGAAACAGAACCUUGACCUUAGCUAAACUUAGUGGUUGCUCAAAGGAGAAUGAGAUGGAGAUGAUUAAAUGCCUUCGAAGUAAAGAUCCUCAGGAAAUUCUUCUGAAUGAAAGGUUCGUCUUCCCCUCUGAUUCCAUCUUAUCGAUAAAUUUCGGUCCAACAGUGGAUGGCGAUUUUCUCACUGAUAUGCCCCACAAACUACUCCAACUUGGAAAAAUGAAAACAACUCAGAUCUUAGUGGGCGUUAACAAAGAUGAAGGGACAGGUUUCCUAGUAUACGGUGCUCCCGGUUUCAGCAAAGACAAUGAUAGUCUUAUUACACGGAGAGAAUUUCAAGAAGGUUUAAAUAUGUAUUUCCCUGGAGUGAGCAGACUGGGGAAAGAAGCAAUCCUCUUCUACUAUGUGGACUGGUUAGGUGACCAAGCCCCAGAAGUCUACCGUGAAGCUUUGGAUGAUGUUAUUGGAGAUUACAACAUCAUAUGCCCUGCAUUGGAGUUUACCAAGAAAUUUGCAGAGCUUGAAAAUAAUGCCUUUUUCUACUUUUUCGAACACCGAUCUUCCAAACUACCUUGGCCUGAAUGGAUGGGAGUUAUGCAUGGCUAUGAAAUUGAAUUUGUGUUUGGCUUACCUCUGGGAAGAAGAGUUAAUUAUACGAGAGCUGAGGAAAUCUUUAGUCGAUCCAUAAUGAAAACAUGGGCAAAUUUUGCAAAAUAUGGACAUCCCAAUGGGACCCAGCGCAAUAGCACAAUGUGGCCUGUCUUCACAAGUACUGAACAAAAAUACCUAACCUUGAACAUAGAGAAGUCAAAAAUAUACUCUAAACUCCGUGCUCCCCAAUGCCAAUUCUGGAGACUAUUUUUUCCAAAAGUCUUGGAAAUGACAGGCAAUAUUGAUGAAACGGAACAAGAGUGGAAGGCAGGAUUCCAUCGCUGGAGCAAUUACAUGAUGGACUGGCAAAAUCAAUUUAACGAUUAUACUAGCAAGAAAGAUAGUUGUACGACUCUCUAAUUAAUAGAUUUACCCUUUAUAGAAUGUUCAUUUUCCUGUAGAUGAAGGCAAAAAUACCAGUAGCACUCUUCAUAUAUACCAAGAAUGCUAUUACACAGCAGAGAAGAAAUGCCAAAUGAGAAUAUUGAUUUCUUACACAUUUCACUUAGUAUUUUACCUAAUGUCUCAGAACUGAGUCAUUAGAAGUUGUUUUUUAUUAAUUUUCACAAUUUAAACUUUCAGAAUUAAUUAAAUGCUGCUUUGAUAUUACUUUUCUGAAUAACAUCACAGCUUUUACUUAAAAGUGACAUCAUCUGCUUUUAUUUAAUCCUGUAUUUUCAGAACUACCUAUAUAAAACUAUUGCUAAAAUCUGAAUUAGAUUUUGAAGCAAUUGAUGUUAUAGUUUAUAUUACUGUUGACUAUAAUUUAUUCAUAAGUCCACUGUCAAUAUCAAAUCGUAGAACAAUCAAAAAGUUGGCUAUUCAUAUAUGUAGAGGCAAGAGAGAAUAUGAAAUUAAGAGCCACUGAAUCUGGAAUCAGUACUAGUGAAAUAAAAUAUGGCUAACAACAAAAGCAAGGAAUUUCAAGUGCUGUUGAAAAUCAUGCCAACUGGCUGUCCUGAGAGAGAAAUCAUGCUUCAUGCAUCAUUUCAUGAGCAUGCUUUGUCACAAGAAUCAUGUACCAUACAGAAUUCAACAGCCAAAGAAAAUAUGUAGUUCUAAUAUGCACAGGAGUUCUAGAGUAGAAUCCGCUGCCUCGCACGGUGCUAUAGGAUGGGCAGGACAAAUCUGUGUCUGGGAACUCUUGGAAAUCCCACCUUUAACAUAUUCACAGCUGAAACUAAAGUUUGGCUUAAGUUAUUCAUGGAUUAAGUGUCUGCGAAUCCAAGCUCCACAUAUCAGUCUUCCUCAGGGUGAGUGCUUGGGGAACAGGUGCUGUAGCAUCAAACAAAACCAUUGAACUGUCACUUAAUUUAGGUGAGCUUGUGGUUCAUUCUCAAAACACGACAAGCAAGUAUGCUUUACAUUGCAUAUGAUUAAGUGUUGCUAGUUAAGGCAGAUUAAAACAUUAUUUUGAUAAUCUAUUUAUAUGCUGAAAAAUGUUUAUGUUAGUGGUUUAAUGUUCAAAUUUUGGUUUAUAAGAACCAAAGCAACACAUCUCAUUCUUCUAAAAAAGGAACCCUCUUAUAUUGAAUUUUCAUUUUCAAAAAUAGUAUGCUGAAGUUCAUAAUGGUUAGGAUAAAUUAAAAAGUAAUGUUAUUAAAUUCAUGUCAAUCAUAAUUUCUUAGAUGUUUAUCAAUAUAAUUUUAGCUGUGACACGCUUAGUUCAAUGACUAAUAAAUAGGACAAUCUUCACAUUAAUGAAGAAAGACAAGAAAAUCAAGAGUUAGUGAAAUUCUAUAUCAUGCUUGUAUGUACUGCACUCAACAGCACCUGUUCUGAUUACAAAUAUGUUUGAAAAGCCAGUGUGUAGGGUGAAAAGGGCUUUGCUUAAAUCUACUGAAUGUAAAGCAUCAUUUGCCAUCCCUUUACACUGAAAGGAUAAUCCAUGAAUAAUUUCCUUAAUCUACAAGUAACUUAAAUCCAACUUUCUUACACAAAGGGGAAAAAUGAGCAGGUCACCACCAGAUCUAAGGUGAAUACAAAUUUGUAUUAGGGUUCUAUCAAGGAAUGGAACACACAAAAUGAAUACACAUAUUAAAAAGGAGGGUAUUUUUUUGUCUGGUUGGUUUUUUUUUUUUUUUUUUGAGUGCCUUGUGAAAUAUAGCCUAGAAUUAUAACAACAUCUGCCUCACCCUGGAGAGGCCUUAGAUUAUAGAAGUUGCUUAAUACACAUGUUUGAAUGUGUCAGCAGUCACAGUAAAAUGCUGUAGGCUCAGAGAAUUCCUGGAAAGUAUCUGUCCUUGACUCAAGUUUGGCAUCUCAAAGAAGUAUAUUAUAAUAUCAGCCAAGGUAAGUUAGUGCAAGAGAAUCGAUGAACUUGACAGCAAGAAUUAAAGCAAGCAGGUAAAAAGCAAAUUUACCUUCUUUCAUGUCCUUUGAUCUAUGCAGUUACCAUAAGGCUCAUCUCAUGUUUAGGACUGGUCUUCCUAUUUCAAAUAUCUGAAUCAGGAAAAUCACUCAGGAAUGCCCUGAAAUUUGCUUGGAUUAACUUGAUCCAGAUGCUGUCAAGAUGGCGUCGUAAUUGGUCAUUACAGAUCCAUCCCUUGUCAUCACGAAACAGAGCUACAUUCUCUUAAAUUAUGCUUUUAAUUUCUAAAUGAAAACAAUGAUCAGGUCAUAAUUUUGCCUAACAUACUAUAACUAUCCCAAGCACAACUGCAUAUGUAUUAUGUAUUUUAGAAUAGUUAGCAAAGGUUUUUGAAGAAUGCUUACUCUUGUAGUGCCUUACAACCUAAAUAUGAUAAUAUAGAUUUACACUUUAAAUAAUAUUAUCUCAGUUGAUUUAUCAUUGCAUGAUAAAUAUAUAGAGGGAAGAAAACACACAUAUAUGAUUACUAUAUGUGUAUACAUGUAAACCUGUUUUAACAUAUAAGACAGAAUCAUUAAUAUCAAUGAUAAUCAUGUCUUCAACAGAAUCAGGCUGUAUUUACUUACUAUUCAUUAUGUAUUUCUUCUACCCAUAGCAAGAAGCUUACCUUUACAGAUUUCUUGGAAUCAAUGUCAGUUAAACACUAGUACACAACUGGCCAGGAAAACCUGAUUGUUUAUAUUCUUCACUGUCUAUUUAUUCUAAUUAAAACCCAUGAGUCCUUCCAGGAAAGGAUAGGAGAAAGGCUAAAAAUAAAACUCUUCAGCAUGUUAACAUGAUCCUAACUGAGGGGGCACUGGCCUUGUCCUCAACCAUGGAAUUCUAGGUCUUCUGGUUGAUGCAAGUCUGGAAACUGACAGGCAAAGACUCUUGACUGCUAGAAGGAAUUUUAUCCUUUCUUGCUUUUAUUCUAGAGCAGUUCUGUAUACAUAGAUGAGACAACUUUUAGUAGUUUUCUCUUUCAUUCCUAGAUACACUAUGCUUAAUUAUCUAGUACCAAAGGUCCAUAUGGGUCAAAUUAUUACACAUAUUGCUUUGCCUAUACUUCCCAUUACAAUACCAUACUUGCUGUGUCUGGAAAUUCAAUGAUGCUGCUUAAACUCUGCUACUUUGGGGACCAAUUGAACUCAUCACAGUUAAUUUAUCCACUGAGCAUCAGUAUCUUCAUCACUAAGAUCAGACAGAAGGACAACAGUGGUCUUCAAAUGUACUCAUGUCUCUCCCAGCAUUUGAAGUGUUAACAUUUUUCAUGUUACCCACUCACCAUUUUCUGCAGUGAGUGACAUGUAUUGUAGGCUGUCCCACUGUGAAGUAUUAGGUUUUAUACAGUUUAUCUACUCCAGCAUUCCAAAUUCCCUGAGUCUUAAAAUUCCCUGCAUUAACAAUAAGCCAAGUGUUAUCGGCCAUUUCCAGUUUCUUUAAAUAGAAUAUCAUGUGAGAAAGACACAGCCUACCAAUCAAAUAAACCCCCCUUUAACUGUGAAUUAACUGUGAACUGUGAGCCUCCAUAUUAAGUAUAGAAUAGCCACUAAAUGGGUCCAUAUCAAUAAUCUCAGCCUGAUCCAGUUUUAUGUUCCUUUCACCACUAUCCUAUACCCUUAGGAUCUAUUACCAAACAUUCCCCAGACUUCUACUUGAAUGAAGUAUAAAGUUCAUUAAAUUCUUUAAAAGGUAUAGUGUACCUCACUUCUAGGAGCCUCCUAGCCUUAAGACUCCUUAAAGAUAUAUAGACAACAAUUUGUAGGCAGUGGGGGACAUCUGUCUUAUCCUCCUUGGCACCUCCUUCAGGGAAGGUAAUUAUAAAUUCUGCAUAUAAUACAGAAUUAAUUCUCUUAGUAAAGGAUGGAGUGAACAAUACUGUUAGGUAUAUGCUUGGAUCCAUCUUCUGAUAAGAGUGGGGAGACUAAUUUCUCAGGUGAGAAAAUACAGUAGUCACCCAUGGGCUGAGAUAUUUGAAUACUUGAUCACCAGUUAGUGUUGUUUGUAGGGUUUAAGAGGUACAGCUUUCCUGGAAGGAGUGAAUCACUGUGAAAAGGCUUCAAGAUUACAUAGUACCACCAUAUAUCUUUUUCACCCUUCCCACUUUCUACUUGUGUUUGAAGAUGUAAAUUCUCAGUUUUCUGUUCAAACCACCAUGACUGAUGCUUGCUACCACACUUUCCAUUGUGAACUGUUAUUUCUUUGGAAUCAUAUGCACAAAAUAAAAACUUCCUUCUUCAA